AUGGACUCCACUAACAAGAUGAGCUACAACGCUGGCCAAGCCCAAGGCCAAGCUCAGGAAAAGGCUGGUUCCAUGAUGGAGAAGGCUAGCAAUGCUGCUCAGUCGGCUAAGGAAUCAAUUCAAGAGGCUGGUCAGCAGAUGAUGGCCAAGGCACAGGAUGCGGCUGAUGCAGUGAAGGAUGCUACUGGGAUGAACAAGAGCAACUAA